ACCAGAACCAUCUCAUCCCUAGUCGAGCACAGGUCAAAAAAAAAAAAAGAAUAUAAAAAUGAAGGUUGUGCUUCUAGUCUGUUUGUUCGCGGUAGUAGUAUCGGCGAGACCUGGGGAAAAAUACACGGAUAGAUUUGACAAUGUGAACUUGGAUGAGAUUUUGGAGAACCGCCGGCUGUUGGUGCCGUACGUCAAGUGUUUGUUAGGACAGGCGCCCUGCACUCCUCCUGGGAAGGAGCUGAAAUCUCACAUCAAAGAAGCCCUAGAAAACGGCUGCGCCAAAUGCACAGACAACCAGCGCACCGCCACCCGCCGUGUCAUCGGACACCUCAUCAACAAGGAAGGCCAGUACUGGAACCAGUUGGUGGCCAAAUAUGACCCUAAGCGUGCGUACGUAACCAAGUACGAAUCGGAACUGAGAACUGUUAGGGCUUAGAAUGAACAAAAGACUGAUCUGUUUAAAGAAUAAAUGGGAUGAAAGAUGUA